AUGGAGGAAUACGCGACCACCAAAGGGAUGAGUCUGCUGACAUUGAAUGAAAGUGAUGCUAAGAAAAUCAGACCAAAAAACAGCUACAUUGGGAGGAUUCGUGUGAAGGGAUAUAACACUGACCUUCCCCAUGAUGAUGUAGUAAACGCGUUGAGAAAACAUUUCUCUUCAUGUGGAGAGAUCACUGAUGUUUACAUCAGCGUACUACCCAAUAAUACUCUCCACAGUUUUGGUUUUGUUUAUUUUCUCGGAGAAGGGGCAGUGGACAAGGCGUUGCAGCUUAGUGGACGUGACAUGGGAGGCUGGAAUGUCAUUGCUGAUCCUCAUCCGUUUCCUAAAGAUGCAGACUGCAUAGGUGCAGCUGCCGUGUAUGUUUAUGGAGAAUGUGCGGAAGAAAAGGUUAAGUUGUUUGUAUCUUUGUGA